CCGUGGAUGACGGACGUAUGCUCAUGCGGUAAAAAGCUCUGAAUAAUAAAGUUUUAUUGGAAAUUAAAUUCGCGCCGUUAUAUGAAUAUGUGUGAGUGGUAAAGACGAAACGUCGCUGUUAAGUUUAUUGCAAGAACAUAAACUUUGAGUGUGGAUGUUGGAACAGAUUGGAUAGCGCGGAGAUGAUAAAUGUAACAGUGAUGCUACGCCAAGAAUGAACAAGAAAAUGGACCCGCCGAAUACAAUAUACCACAUUUAUGAAAUAAGAUGAAUCGCUUCCGCAAAAUGAAAUUGAAAACGACACCGCAAGCGCCUAACAAUGAAUGAGCUGGAGUUCAUUAUCUAUCCAACUGGCGAUGCUAUCGAUAACUUUAACGUAACUUGGGGUGUUAUAACGAGCAACUAUAGUAUAAUUGAAGAGAAAACCGGCAAUGGAACGGAAACGGACGAUAAGGAUAAAGACGUGAACAAUUGGUGGGCGUUGAUUGCGUUAGUUUUGGUUGUGUGUACAGCGGCUGGGAAUGUGUUAGUGUGCUUGGCGAUUUACUUGGAGAGGCGGUUGCAGAAUGUGACGAACUAUUUCUUGAUGUCGUUGGCGAUAACGGACCUCCUGGUGGCCGUGUUGGUUAUGCCCGUGGGCAUACUGACGCUAGUAAGAGGCUAUUUCCCGCUUCCAGCAGUGUACUGCCUGGUGUGGGUAUGUCUGGAUGUUCUAUUGUGCACGGCAUCCAUCAUGCAUCUGUGUACUAUAAGUGUUGAUAGGUAUCUCUCCUUACGCUAUCCAAUGCGCUUUGGCAGGAACAAAACAAGGAAGAGAGUGACGAUCAAAAUCAUGUUUGUCUGGAUCCUAUCAACUGCUAUGAGCUUGCCUUUAAGUCUCAUGUAUUCUAAGAACGAAGAAUCCGUACUAAUCGGUGGUUCUUGUCAGAUUCCCGAUCCACUAUACAAAGCGAUCGGUUCUGUUAUAUCCUUCUACAUACCACUCGGUGUGAUGUUAUUGACGUAUGCUCUAACAGUACAACUGCUGGCUCGACAGAGGAAGGGUCUGGGACAAGGCUGGGCGGCGGGUUGGCUUGGUGCGAUGCCCAUCGAGCGUCGUUGUACAUGGAAGAGGUUUCUCAGCCCGCGCGGAGGGACUCCCCAACACUCCGCCGCGUCCACAGAUACCGAAUUACCUCCGAUUGACACAAGGGAUCUGUGGUUACAGGAUUCCAGUGAGCCCGCUCCAUCAGCAAUGAGCGCACUGCAUCAUUUCGGGGCAGAGAUGUUGCGCCUGUCUCGAGGCUUGGAAGCUUCCGCUGCAGCUAAGGCAACCAAAGGGACAAACAUAUCGGAUAAGGGUGGGAUGCUUACUCCAGGAUCCUUGAGUGUAUCGUCAAGUUCACCAUCUUCUAUGUUGCAAGACAAAAGAAGGCCGUCUUCAGCUUGCGAUCCAAACACUCCAUUACAUAGAGCAAGAAGCGCUUCAGACGAUGAAGGAAAUGAUGGUCUCCUAGCUCCAGUUACUUUAACUGCAAAAUCGCGAAGUUCAGAAGACGGAUUGCUAUUACCUCCUCCUUGCACAUGCCCUUACUUCGGUUCAGAAUCAACCCCACCAAGACGAACUACAGAAGUGAUAAUUGUACCCGGUGGAGAUAUAAAUGGGUGUAAUGGAUACCCAAGAAAUGGAAACUUAAAACCCGAAGAAGCUUCUGCAAAUUUCUUCAGGCGGCCCAGUAGAGGGGCAUCUUCUAUGGUGACUUGGGAAGAAGCAAGACGAUUCAGGCGAGGAUCUAGCUUUGGUGCAGCUAGAACAACUCUAUCGACGCCAGUCAGAACAAUUCGAAGAACCAACAACUCACGUCCUUCAAACAAUGCCACGCCACAAAGGCAGACUCCAAGAACGCAUCAUUCGAGAAACUCCAGCGUAAUAUCACGUAAUUCCUCUCGCCACGGGAGAAUAUUGCGGCUCGAACAAAAAGCGACUAAAGUUCUCGGGGUUGUGUUUUUUACGUUCGUCGUGUUGUGGGCUCCGUUUUUCAUUUUGAACAUGGUGCCAGCCGUUUGUCCGGAAUGCGAGAAGCGUAUACCAAUAUGGGUGUUCGAUUGCGUGCUCUGGUUGGGUUACGCAUCUUCUAUGGUUAAUCCAAUAUUUUACACGAUAUUUAAUAAAGUAUUUAGGCAGGCGUUCAAGAAAGUGCUGCUUUGUCAGUAUUUUAAGAAGAGAAGAUAG